AUGUUGGGGCUCAUAUGGGAAGUGGAUGAAGAUAGUGUUCUCGGCAGGUUUUCCUGUUUGGUUACUGAGGUAAAUCUCUUUUUCUUCCAACCGUGCAUCAUCUUCCCUGUGCCUCUCAGAGUUUAUGGCCCCGCGGAAUCCCAGCAAGUGGUAUUUGGGGAUGUGUGCCCCCUGCUUACGUCACUCUUGGACGGGUGCAACGUUGGCAUCAUGGCUUACGGACAGACGGGAUGUGGCAAGAGUUAUACCAUGCUGGGCCCCCAGUCCACGGGGGAGCCCGUCCCGUCGUGGGAACCGCACAGCGACCUGGGAGUCCUGCCCAGGGCUGCCGGAGAGCUCUUCAGGCUUAUCUCAGAAAACCCGUCAAGGAGCCUGAAGGUUGACGUGUCCAUAGUGGAAGUUUAUAAUAACGACAUUUUUGACCUUCUGGCCAAAGACGGUCGCACAGCAGCGUCUGGGCCCAAGCGUGAGGUGCUGACCACCCAGGAGGCAAAGCAGGAGGUCUGUCUGCUGACCCGAGAGUGA